AUGGUGCCAUCCCGAGGGUCGGGCAGCAGCGAGGUUGACCUCCCUGAGCUGCCACCUCCUACCUUGGACAUGGUGUCCUUGAAUGGUGUGUCCCCGGAUGGUGUGUCCCCAGAUGGGGCGUUUUGGGGGGGAAUGGAGGCGAUCGCCAGUCAGAUGGGAAAUGGGAGAGAUGCAAGCUCCUCCCCAAAUUCAAAGCAAGAGCUGCAGCCGUACCAGGGCUCCAAUACCCUCAAGCCCAACCAAGUGGGUGAGACCUCUCUGUACGGCGUGCCCAUCGUGUCCCUGGUCAUCGACGGGCAGGAGCGGCUGUGCCUGGCGCAGAUCUCCAACACGCUGCUCAAGAACUACAGCUACAAUGAGAUCCACAACCGGCGGGUGGCCCUGGGCAUCACCUGCGUGCAGUGCACGCCGGUGCAGCUGGAGAUCCUGCGGCGGGCCGGGGCCAUGCCCAUCUCCUCCCGCCGCUGCGGCAUGAUCACCAAGCGGGAGGCGGAGCGGCUCUGCAAGUCCUUCCUGGGCGAGCACAAGCCGCCCAAGCUGCCCGAGAACUUCGCCUUCGACGUGGUGCACGAGUGCGCCUGGGGCUCCCGGGGCAGCUUCAUCCCGGCCCGGUACAACAGCUCCCGAGCCAAGUGCAUCAAGUGCAGCUACUGCAGCAUGUACUUCUCCCCCAACAAGUUCAUCUUCCACUCCCACCGCACCCCGGACUCCAAGUACACCCAGCCCGACGCCGCCAACUUCAACUCCUGGCGCCGCCACCUCAAGCUCAGCGACAAGACGGCCACCGAGGAGCUGUCGCACGCCUGGGAGGAUGUCAAGGCCAUGUUCAACGGCGGCACCCGCAAGCGGACCUUCUCCCUGCAAGGGGCGGCCGCCGGCGGGCCCGGUGCAGGUUCCCCGGCCGCCAAGGCCGCCUUGGCGGCGGGCGAGGAGGAGCGCUCCGGGGACGAGGCGCUGCUCCCCCCGCUCCCCCUGCCCAGGAAGGGCAGCUACCUCUCCGCCUUCCGCCCGGUGGUGAAGGACGCCGAGAGCAUCGCCAAGCUCUACGGCACCCGGGAGGCGUACGGCGGCGCCGGGCCCCGCGGCCCCGGUUACCUCUCCCCGGACUUCCUCAGCGAAGGCAGCUCCAGCUACCGCUCGCUCUCCCCCGGGGGGGACACGGCCGAGGAGCCCGAGGUGGACGUGGAGUCCAACCGCUUCCCGGAGGACGAGGAGGAGGACGCCGCCGCCGCCGCCGCUCCCCCCGAGGGACGGGAGCCGCCGCCCCCCCGGCUGUUGGUGUACGCGCCGGAGCGCGGGGAGCACCUGCAGCCGCUGAAACCCGCCGCCUCCCUGGGAGCCCCGGCCGCCUACCUGUGCACCCCCGAGGCGAAGGAGCAAGAUAAAGAAGACAAUCACUCCGCGGCAGAGGAUUUAGAGACCAGAAAAUCCUAUCAGGACCAAAGGAAUGUCUCGCAUCCCAGCCCUGUAAAUACCGACAGAGGAGAGGACGGCCUCGCCAUGGAUGUCUCCGGGACGCAGCUGGUGGAGAAGGACAUCGAAAAUUUGGCCCGAGACGAAUUGCAAAAACUGGUCCUGGAGCAAAUGGAGCUGAGGAAAAAACUGGAGAGGGACUUCCAGAGCCUGAAAGAUAACUUCCAGGACCAGAUGAAGCGGGAGCUGGCGUACCGGGAGGAGAUGGUGCAGCAGCUGCAGAUCGUCCGAGAUACUCUCUGCAACGAGCUGGACCAGGAGAGGAAAGCGCGUUACGCCAUCCAGCAGAAGUUGAAAGUAAGUCUGGAGAAAAUAGAGAACGGCUUCGGGUUUGUGGCACGCACAUCUGCUGAAGAGGCUGCGAUGGGGAAGGUGACUGGAAAAUGA